UUGUCAUGCCACCACUUUAUAAAUAUGUAUUGUCUGUGUUCCUGUCAUUUUCAGUUGCUGGUCUCUCUCUUGCAUUUGUAAUUUGUAUCUACCCUCUCCAACUCGCCUACCUCCUGAGAGAGAGACCAACCCAAGAUUUCUUUUGUCCAUCAUGAACGUUCCGACUCGCUGAGAUUCUCUUCAUUUUUCCUUCGGAACCCAAAAUUGCGGAAAUCACUGGCCGUCUCUUCCUACAAAAUUCUCGCCUUUUUUUCUUGAUUUUCUCGAAAUUCGUCAAAUGGCCGUUAAUCUCGAAUCCAUAACAGAGGCAACUUCGGGAGCCAUUGGAGCUCUGUUAAGCACAACAAUUCUAUAUCCUCUCGAUACCUGUAAAACCAAGUACCAGGCUGAAGUUCGAACACAUGGUCAGCAAAAGUACAGGAACCUCUCAGAUGUUCUGUGGGAAGCAGUUUCCAAAAGACAGGUUCUUUCAUUGUACCAGGGCCUUAGAACCAAGAAUUUGCAGUCUUUCAUAUCACAGUUUAUCUAUUUCUAUGGGUAUAGCUAUUUCAAAAGGUUGUAUCUGAGGAGGAGUGGAGCAAAGUCCAUUGGAACAAAAGCCAAUUUGAUUGUUGCUGCUGCUGCUGGGGCUUGCACUGCCAUAGUGACACAACCCUUGGAUACAGCAUCAUCAAGAAUGCAGACAAGUGCCUUUGGGAAAUCCAAGGGGCUUUUGGAAACCCUUUCAGAGGGAAGUUGGAGUGAGGCAUUUGACGGACUUGGCAUCUCCCUUCUUUUGACGUCAAACCCUGCUAUUCAGUACACUGUAUUUGAUCAACUGAAACAAAGAGUUCUGAAGAGUAAACAGAGCAACAAAGCAGGUACAGAGGCGUCCCAGGAAGCCCUUUCUGCUUUCUCAGCUUUCGUGUUGGGGGCUGUCUCAAAGAGCAUAGCUACCUUCUUGACGUAUCCAGCAAUCAGAUGUAAAGUCAUGAUCCAAGCUGCUGACCAAGAGGAAGAUGGGACCAAGGAAGCUAAACGGAAGUCCCGGAGGCCCCGUAAGACCAUGUCGGGUGCACUGUAUGCCAUCUGGAGAAAAGAAGGGCUCUUGGGCUUCUUCAAAGGAUUGCAGGCUCAGAUAUUGAAGACUGUCUUGAGUUCUGCUUUGCUUCUCAUGAUCAAGGAGAAGAUUACCAAGACCACAUGGGUCUUCAUGCUUGCACUCCAUAGGUAUCUAUUGGUUACACGGACUAGACUAAAAACCGCUCAAUAAUAACAAUGGUAUGGUGUCCAUGGAUUUCUUAUAAAUAAUGUGGCUUUUGAUGUCGACGACCCAGAGGAAGAAUUUCUAGAAUUGUAAGCCAAAUCUAAUCAUUCAAGGAGGAUGGAAAAUUAUGUCGACAGAUGUAGUUUUCUUUUGUUAAUUGAAGUCAUGGCUUUUUAGCCAUUUUGUUAUAUUUGAAGAAAAUAUGCAAUCCUCUCUUCUUCCA